CUUUUUUAUUUACAUAUUGCUAAAAAUAGCAACCACCAGAUAUCCAGCUCCAUACAUAAUAGGUAAGCUAUGAAAUUUCUCCUUUGUCGGAGAAGAAGCAAUCUAACCACCAGAGCCGCGAGGCGAAGUGAUCGAUACCAGGAAGGGAAUAAUUUCAAUAAGCCAAUCAGCAAAUCCUUCCUGUCAUCGACGCUUCUGCGCUUCUGAUUGGUCUCUGCUUCGUAUGGGGCCAGAUGAGUCAAUUUUCUGCAUUUGGUGUAGUGAAUUGGAAACGAGCAACGGUUGUUUAAUGAGCGGUUGAAAGAGCAGAAUUAGAGAUCCUACCGGGUGCCAAAAGCUGCUAUAUCAGUAGCUUUUGAUCAGCCAGCACCUGUGAAAUGAGAUCUAGCACGGCCUCUGUUGGAAAGCGUAUAUCAUCAAGAGAUAUGCCGACCCCGGAGUAUGCAGAUCAAGGUGUUGGCUGUUCAAAAGAAACAACUGAAUUUGUAAAUCAUGGUCUUAUUCUCUGGAAUGAGAGCAGAGAGCAAUGGAUAGGGGCCAAGAAGAUAACCACUCGAUCUCAAUUGUUGCGAGCGUUCAAAUUGAGGAAGCUUCAGCUGUGCUGCGUGAAUUCAAGCAAAGGCAUGCAUAGGAUGCUUAAGAGCACAGAGCCGUUUCCCAGACCUGUCCCGCUAGGGGAAAUGGUGGAUUUUCUGGUUAAUGUAUGGGAUGGUGAAGGAAUGUAUGACAUGUUCUAAGCAGGGGAGACACAGGUUUCUUUUGAUGAGAGUGUAAAUAGUGACCACAGUUCAAAAUGUCUGAUUUAUUGACCAUAUUUUGUAUCUUUAAUCGGCUGUAGAUAUGAUGUAGGAAUAAUGUAAUUAAGGUGGUUGUAUCAUUUUUGUUGGCAAUAUUCAAAGCAACUUUGUCGCUC